AUGCCGGGAGGUGGACGGACCUACCUGGGACUGCAGGAGGCAGAGAGAGCUCAAGUCCAGAAGUCCCAGUUUCCAGCCCGCUCACUGCAGGAGAUUUCUCCUGGACAAAAGUUCCCACCUUUAACCGCCCCAGAGCUGUCUCCUUCUAUGACGCCCAAGAGCGGGAUCUCAGGCCGGGAGCUGCUUUUCCGCCCCAAACCCCGCCCUUCGUCACCCCUUUCGUCCAUGGCGCCUAAGGAAGGAGUCAAGACUGAAAACAAUGACCACAUUAAUUUGAAGGUGGCAGGGCAAGAUGGGUCGGUGGUGCAAUUUAAGAUUAAGAGACACACACCACUUAGUAAACUAAUGAAAGCCUAUUGUGAACGACAGGGUUUGUCAAUGAGGCAGAUCAGAUUCCAAUUUGAUGGGCAACCAAUCAAUGAAACAGACACACCUGCACAAUUGGAAAUGGAGGAUGAAGAUACAAUUGAUAUAUUCCAGCAGCAGACAGGAGGCAUUUACUAAAGAGAACAUGCAACUCUACUCCAGAACUAUGCUCCCAAGGAAAACAAUGCAUUCACAAUUAGAAAACCAAGAUUUGGUUCAUCCACAUCCUGACUACUGCAGUAUAGAGGAUAGAGUUAUAGGGAUGGGCAUUUAAAUAAUUCAUGAACUGCCUUCUUGAGCAGUAGAUUGAGAGCUUCAUUCCAAGUAACAGUGUGGACAAUUGUAAAAACCAGAAAAAAGAUUUCCCCAACAGAAUCUAUUAAGAUGGGGGGACUGAGAAAGGAUUGAUCAUGAGUGUCAAUUUCUAUUUUUCUCUAGGUCUCUCUGACUUUGGUGGUAGUUCUGAUCAUCAAGAUACCACUAUCAUGAAAUCUAAAAACUUGAGUGUUGUCUUCUUCUCCCAGACAGGAAUUGGGGUUCUAGGGAAUUUCUUUAUUUGUCUCUUCACCCUUCUGUUUCUCAGUGGACAUAGGAUGAGAUGUAUAGAUACCAUUGUCACUCAACUGGCUUUGGCCAACUGCCUGGGACUUCUCUCAAAAGGCAUCCAGACAAUGACAGCUUUGGGAUUGGUGAAUUUCCUGGAUGAAAUUGGCUGUAAAAUUGUUUUCUAUCUUCACAGAGCAGCUCAGAAUCUUUCACUCAAUGUAAACCGCCUUCCGAGUUGCUUUCAGGCCAUCACCAUCAGCCCCAGCAACUCCAUUUGGGCAGAUCUUAAAGCCAGAGCUCCCAAAUGCCUCAUUUCCUCUUGUCUCUUCUGUUGGACUUACCACCUACUUUUUUUUUUUUUUUUUUUUUUUUUGAGGAUCAAAUGAGAUAUUUAUUUCUUUUUCUUCUUUCAUAAUUAUAACUUUUUAUUGACAGAACAUAUUCCUGGAUAAUUUUUUACAACAUUAUCCCUUGCACUCACUUCUGUUCUCACUUUUCCCCUCCCUCCCUUCACCCCCUCCCCCAGAUGGCAAGCAGUCCUAUAUAUGUUAAAUAUGUCACAGUAUAUCCUAGAUACAAUAUAUGUCUGCAGAACCGAACAGUUCUCUUGGUACACAGGAAGAAUUGAAUUCAGAAGGUAAAAAUACCCCGGGAAGAAAAACAAAAAUGCAAACAGUUUACAUUUAUUUCCCAGUAUUCUUUCUUUAGGUGUAGCUGCUUCUGUCCAUCACUGAGCAACUGAAACUGAAUCAGAUCUUCUCUUCUUCCAAGAAAUCCACUUCCAUCAGAAUACAUCCUCACACAGUAUCGUUGUUGAAGUAUAUAAUGAUCUCCUGGUUCUGCUCAUUUCACUCAGCAUCAAUUCAUGUAAGUCUCUCCAAGCCUGUCUGUAUUCAUCCUGCUGGUCAUUUCUUACAGAACAACACUAUUCCAUAAUAUGCAUAUAUCACAAUUUAUGCAGCCAUUCUUCAAUUGAUGGGCAUCCAUUCAUUUUCCAGUUUCUAGCCAUUACAAACAGCCACAAACAUUUUUUACCAUCUACUUUUAAAUGUCUAUGUUCUUUGGGGAAUUAAAGGAGCAAGGUACAACACAAGCAGGACUGAGAUACAACGUUAUGGUUCUUAUAUUCAUAUUAUUCCUUCUACAUCUCAAGCCUCCUUACUGACAAUUAUCUCCCUUCCUGAUGCUAUUUUUUGGGGACUCAUGAUCUCUAAUAAUGGCUACAUGGUGUUUCUUUUAUACAGACAUCACAAGCAAGUCCAGCAAGUUCACCUCACCUGCCUCUCCCCCAGAGACCAGAGACACAAAAACUAUCCUCUUGUUAGUGAGCAUCUUUGUUUGCUCCUACUUACUCAAGUGCACCUUGACAGCAUAGAUGUCAUUUAUAAAGUUCCCACUCAGCUUGAUACAUACCUCUGCUUUCCUGGCUUCGUUUCCCAGCUGUUAGCCCCUAUGUGUUGAUCACCACUGACUCACAAAUUACCAGGUACUGUUAUACUCUUUGUGGGAGGAAAACCCAAAUUUUGCUCUGACAACAAGUUAAUAUUCUCUGCUCAUGAUGACCUCCUGAAAGCUCAAGAUGACCUCCUGAAAGCUCCAGGUGGCGGAAAUGAAUGCCCACAUCAAAUGAGACCUGGGUCUGAUCUUAAAUAUUAAACUAGACCAACCUUUCAUUUCUUAGAAACAAUGAGUGACUUCAGAAUAUAAUGCCAGGAUAAGAGUAAUUUCAAGUUGAUUAUUAUUAAAACUUUUAUUCCUUGUAUACUCCUUAGGAUCCUAGAAUAUCAAUACAAAUAUUCCUACUACUACAUCAAUACCCCACAGAUAUCAGAAAACAGGAAAAGAUCUAUAGACAACAAUAUUCAUUAAUACUCUUCUCGUGGUAGGAUUUAGAAACUACUAGAUUAUCUUACUAUUUGGGAAUGACUAAAGUAAUUUCAUAUAUUUUUGUCCUGGAAUAUUACCAUCUCACAAAAAUAACAAAAUGUGUAUUUUGAAAGGAAAUUUGGAAAAUCCCUAUGAACUAAUGCAGAAUGAUGUGAAUAGAAAUAGAAAAAGAAUGUUUUCUAUUUUCAGCUUUAAUCUCAAAUUUGUGAAAUUGCAGUUUUUAAGAACCAUAAAGUUUAUACAUGUCUCCAUUGAAUUCUACCUUCUUGCAUUUAGGUCAAUAUUCUGGCCUUCUGAGAUCUUAUUUGCCCUUGUCUUCUUCACACAAAAGCACCUAGAUACACAUACAUACACACACAUAUAUGUAAUUUCUCCAGAGAGAAAAAAACUACACAUUAUAAUAAUUUCCUUAUACAAUUUUGAUAAAGGCUGUGGAUACCUUUAACUCAUUCUUUUAUGAGGCAAGAGAGACCCAGUUGAAGUCUCUCUCCAAGCUUAAUACAAGUUGCAUUUCAGAAGAUAACUGAUGGUUUCUUUUCAUAUGUUUUGAACUCUAGUUAUAAGAGAUCUGGGCAGUUUUAUUUUAUGUAUUUAUUUAUUUAUUUUCUGAGGCAAUUGGGGUUAAGUGACUUCCCCAGGGUCAUAUAGCUAGAAAGUGUUAAGUUAGACCACAUUUGAACUCAGGUCCUCCCGACUCCGGGGCUGAUGUCCUAUCCACUGCACCACCUAGCUAUCCCAAUUUGAAAAUUUCUUAAAAUAUGAUGGCUAAGCUCUGUUUUGGGUCAUGGAUUUUAGGAAAUCCAAUUCUCUUUUUUCUCCUUGAUGUUUUCCUGAUUGGUUGAUAUACAAUUCCUUCUAUUUUUCAAUAUUAGCUCCUGUAAUAUUUUUCUUUUUCUCAAAGAUCAUUGAUUUUCCUGGGGUAUAAUCCAAUUUUCAGGAAGUUUUUCAUUGGCAUGAAAUUGUGUACUUCAUGUGACAAGCUGUUCCAUUUGCUCUAGAAUUCAUUUUCCUUUACUCUCAUUUACUGUUAGUAUGUAACAUUCAUGGGGUUAAUUUUUGUGCCUUCUAGCAUUGCAUGAUUUUACUCCUUACUUCAUUUUCACUUGUGAUCAAAAAUUAUCUAUCGACAGAAGAGAAAAAAAUUAGAAUUAAGACACAAACUUAAGACAAGUUUGUGAGCCAUUAACCUGCCUCUGCUCUGAUACCUGUAAGGAUCUCAGACAUUGCAGAAACAGAUGUUGCUGAGGGAUUAUUUCCAGGUGGAGUAUUCUUUAUGAUCUCCAAUAACUUACACCUCAGCUCAAGGACUCAUUGUGAGAGUCAAGGACUAAGCAGUCUUGAUAUCUCCAGACAGAAGUCACUUAUGAUACAGCAAGUUCUCCUUUGGUCUUCUGAAAGCAGCAAAUAUAGAGGCACCAUCAUGUGACAGAAGACAAGGUAAGAUAAAAAUGUUUUCAAUUUAAGAAUUCUAUUUAUCGUAUAUGAUACUGUAGAUUUUGGGUAUUAUGAAAAUUAAAGUGUUUGCUGACUGGUUUUUGGUUUGUUGUUUGUUUUUUAGAGAUUGCACAGAAUGCUAGGGAAUUAUUUGUGAGAAAAAUGCUGUGCAUUUUACCACGUCUUAUGUCUGCACCAUUUUACAAGAUAGUUCAUGGUUGGUGUGCUAUGGAAAGUGCAAAUUAUUAGAAUUAAUAUUUUUAAGUAAAAAAAUAGAUUUUCAAAAACCUAUUUAUUUGUUUUCAACACACAUUGUUUUGUGAAUCCUGUUGGGAGAGCAAAAUGGGUGUAAAAGGAAAAAACUAACUCCCAUUUAAUUGAUGGAAAUGCUUUUCUCUUUAUUUAUUUAUUUAUUUAUUUUUUAUUUAAUUUUUAUUUAAUAAUUACUUUAUAUUGACACUCGUUU